UUUUCAGAUCCACAUACUGAACUUAUUGAACAUCUUUGGAAAGCAGGAAGCUGCCCUACCUGUGAUGACAUUGUACCAGAACAUAAUGUCGGCCUAAAAGAAGAAGAAUGUAUGGAUUCACUAAAGCUUGCACAAGGAAAGAAAUAUUAUUCAACCAUCACUGUAUGUAACCAGGCUGGUCUAUGUGUAUCUAGUUCAACAGAUGGUGUCACGAUAGAUAGCUCUCCACCAGUUGCUGGUGUCGUUGAGGAUGGAACCUUGGCAGACGACAUCGAGUUUCAAGCAUCAAGAGAUGUACUCUCUGCUCAUUGGGUUGGGUUUCACGAUGCCCAUAGUGGACUAUCUAGAUAUGAAAUGCGCGUCGGUACUAAUGUAGGAGCAGAUGAUAUCAUUCCCCCAACACAAAUGCAUCUUACUGAGUCUACAUUUAAACCUCUAAGCACUCCUUUGCCUGAGAAUAAAACGAUUUAUGUAACAAUAAGGGCAUAUAAUUUAGCAGGACUAUAUGCCGAAGCAUCUAGUAAUGGAUUCAGGGUAGAUACAACAUCGCCGACUGUUAUUGAACCAGCCUCAAUAAACCUGGAACAUGGAUCAAUUCAAGAAAAUAUGCAGGUCUGGAGAAGUUCCUUGGCUGUUACAUGGAAGUUUGAUGACAAUAUCUCUUCAAUUGAAAGACAAUAUGUUAGCAUUUUUGCUCACAUGGAUGGGGAUCUUGAGAUUCCUACUGUUGAGGUAGGCACUCGUGUUGGGUAUAUAUUUAGUAAUUUGACACUUCGAGAUGGUACGCAAUAUUACACUACUGUCAUCGCUUGCAACAAAGCGCAAAUGUGCUCUAGUAGCACAUCGCAGCAAUUACUGGUUGACUCAUCGAGACCGAGUGUCGGGACCUUUGCUAGUUGGACAAACCAUGCUGCAAAUGUUGGAAGAUAUGAAGAUGGAUUCAUGACUUGGAAUGGAGCUGAUAUUUCGCUACAUUGGCUAGGGUUUGAGGACCACCACUCUGGAAUAUCACAUUAUUUAGUUACAGUUGGGGAGACGUUUGCUGGACAUGAGUAUACACCGGAUGGUCCUAUUAUGAUAACCCACAAUACAACUGGACAUAGACAUAAGGAAGGUGUGAUACAAUCUGCUGAUAUCACUCUGGACAGAACGCUGGUUGAUUCCAAGAAGAUCUUUGUCAAGAUAUGGGCGGUUAAUGGGGUUGGGUUGCCAAGUUUAGUCGCUCAUAAUUCAUUUGACGUUAUUGUAAACUCACCUGGUAAGGGUGUGCUUGUCCUGACCCGCCGCUGCAUUACACAUAGUUGUGAGGGACAUUGUAUAUGUGCUCCCCAGAAUCAAAGAUGUGACUACAAUAUCAACAAGACAUGCACAGAAGCAAAACAGGGCGAUUACGCUGCCAUUGUGGUAAAUGAUACACAGGCCAUUGGUUACUUCGAGAAGUCCGAUCAUAUACUCGAAGAUAUUGACUUCACCCAUUCCGAUUGCUUUUUGGCUGCAGGGUGGUCAUUGUCUGAAAGAAAUGGAAAGACGCCAGUUCGAUACGAAUAUACAGCAGGGCUAGAUGGGUAUGACGUUGGAAGUGGUGUAUUCGAUGUAGCUCGUGACCGGAUUUGGUUUGAAGCUGGAUUUUACAACCAUGCAGUUAUAACUCCCACCUUAAGUCGACUAUAUCAAGGACAAAAGUACAUAUUCUAUGUACGAGCGUGGUAUAAUGACUCCACAUACGCUGUGUUCCAGUCUGAUGGUAUAACAAUUGAUAUUACACCACCUAUGGUGUCACGUAUAAGACACGUGGAGGAAAGUGAUGAUGCGAUCGUUAGGUUUGACAAAGACUUCACGAGCAAUGUUGAUAGCAUUGGUGUCAGUUGGACUGGUGUGUUUUCUGAUGAGGAAUCUGGCAUUUCUCAUUACCUGUUGGGAAUCGGAACUGCUUUACAAGAUGACGAUACCUUAAAGUUUUUGAGGCAGACUAAAACUAGUGCACGACUGACCGAGUUGUCUUUGACACCUGGUCAGAAGUACUACACCACGGUUAUUGCAGUGUCAAACACUGGAUUAGAAACAUCCAAGGUCUCAGAUGGAUUCACUGUAGAUAUAGAGUCUCCAAUUCCUGGAAUUGUACUUGAUGGUAGAUUUCUACAUGAUGUUGACUACACCAACGAGACGACUGUACUUCACGCACAAUGGCAU